AUGCCUUCAAGUAUUACCGGACCAACACGUCAAAAUCUUCGAGCAAUUUACCGGAAAAAAAUUCACGAACAUGAUCUUGCAUCUCGUUAUCCACCAUUUCAACCAUUAGAUUAUAAACUAUUUUUUAUUAAUUACAAAACCACAGAACAAACAUUAUUUCAUCUCAUUGACAAAAUAGAUCUUUCAAAUUUAUUUACAUUAGAUACUGAAUCAAUAUGUAUACACAAACGACCAAACAAACCAGCACUGAUUCAGCUUCAAAUAAUUUUGUCAAAUACAUUUUCAUAUGUUAUAUUAAUCGAAGUUCGUCAACUACCACGUAUACAUCAACCAACAUUUCCAUUGAUUCAACAAAUAUUUAGUAAAUUAUUCAAUUCAAAUAAAAAUAUUUAUGUAUGGGGAUCAAUUGAUGAACUAAAAAAAUUUAUUGAAUUUAAUUUAUUUUCAUCUGAUCAAAUCCAGUUGGCAAAUGAUAUGAAUUUACAAAAUGAUUUCAAAAAGUACUGGAACGAACACCAUCCUCAUCAACCAACAUUAUCAUCAACUAAUAAUAAUUUAAAUUGUAUCUGUGAGAGAUGUUUGGGUAUUCACCAAAAUAAUCCAUGGUCACUACAAGAUGCUGUAGCAUAUCAACUUAACCAAUGGCUCGACAAACGUCAUACCCGCUCACCAUUCGACAUAGGACUAGAUCCUACAUUAAUUCAUUUAAAUUCUGAAGAAUUAAAUUAUCGACAAAUAAUGACUACAUAUGCUAUUAAUGAUUGUCUAGCAAUGCAUCAAAUUAUUAUUAGCAUGAACCUAAUUGAACCUGAACAACAAUCACAUGAAUUAUUAGUUCAAUCAGAUAAUGAUAUUUCAAUGUACUCUGAUACAUCAGAACCAAUUGAUUUAAUAGCAUCACCGAAUGAAAAUCUUAAAUCAACUAAUGAAUCGAAUAUAAUUCUACAACAACAUCCCGAAAUAGAAUUGAUUUCAUUCGAUGAUGAUAAACCUGAACAAGAACAAGGACAACAAACAUUGACAACUAUAAAUGAAAUUUUCAAUAAUGAAAUUCAACACAAACGUGCAGAUAUUAGCGAUGAAGCAAAACGUCGAAUUCAUAACCGAAGUUGUACUUUAAAACAACGAACGAAAUUAUAUAAAUGCGAAAUUAUCCGACGAGGGAUUGAUCGUAGAUUUACGAUAACGCAAAUCAAAACAGUUCUUCGCGAACUUAAAAUUGACUUUAGUAUAAUAAAUGUUUCAACAUCAAAAUUAACUAAUCGAACAUCCUUAUAUAUUGGCAUUAAAGAUAAACAACAUCUAUCUAAAUAUGAACAUCAAACAAGAAAAUUAUUUACAAGUGACCAUUAUAAUGAUUUACAGUAUCAAUCACGACAAUUCAGAUCAUCUUGUAAAGAUGAUCGUCACAAGGAUAAUCAUUAUCAUCAUGACAUUAUUAAAACUACACACAAACGAAAAAAAUGA